UCGCGCGGCGUGCACGUGAGCGCAGACGGAGGGAGCCGCACAGGAGCACCGCACGCCAGUCGAGCCCGGAGGCGCACAGCGCAGACCUCGGAGCGCGCGCAGCGCCAGCACAGAGCCAUGCUGGUCCAGGCGGCGCUGGUGACCGCGCUGGUCGGUCUAGCCUGCGGGUGCGGAUUUCCGGGAGCGCCGGCGCACAGCACGGUCACGUUCUCGACGGACGCCAUCGGAGUCGGCACGGUCGCCACGUACACGUGCGACCGCGGCUUCGAGCUGCUCGGACCGGCCAGGAAGGAGUGCCAAGGCAACAGCACGUGGGCGCCGGCCGGCAUUCCGUUCUGCGUGAUCAACGUGGCGGCCGGCAAGGCGCCCAUGCAGUCGUCCACGGCGCAGGGAGGCAUCCCCCAGAAGGCGGUGGACGGCAGCACGAGUGGCUUCUUCAACCCCAAGACGUGCACGCUGACCGAGCAGGAGACGUCGCCGCUGUGGUACGUCAACCUGCUGGAGCCGUACAUGGUGCAGCUGGUGCGACUGGACUUCGGACGCUCGUGUUGCGAGGACAACAUUCCGGCUACCAUUGUGGUGCGGGUCGGUAACAACAGACCGGACCUGAAGAUCAACCCCAUCUGCAACCGUUUCACUGGCUUCAUGGAAGAGGGCCGUCCCCUGUUCCUGCCAUGCAACCCGCCCAUGCCUGGGGCGUUCAUCUCGGUCCACCUCGAGGGACCGCCCGGCCAGAUGCUCUCCAUCUGCGAGGCCUUCGUCUACACCGAUCAGGCGCUGCCGAUCGAGCGGUGCCCCCAAUUCCGGGACCAGCCGCCAGGCAGCACCGCCACCUACAACGGCAAGUGCUACACCUUCUACAACCAGCAGCCGCAGAGCUUCGCCGAGGCGCAGGAGUUUUGUCAGGGUCGCGGCGGCACGCUGAUCGACGAGACGAACCCGGCGCUGCAAGGCUUCCUCAGCUGGGAGCUCUGGAGGAGGCACAGGGAGGACCCGAACGGCCAGUACUGGAUGGGAGCCGUGCGCGACCCGCAGAACCCUGGCAACUGGAAGUGGAUCAACGGCCAGGACCUGGGCGUCAGCUUCUGGAGCCUGCCUGGCGGCCAGGAGAACUGCGCUCGCUUCGACGGCACCAAGGACUGGCUCUGGUCUGACACCAACUGCAACCUCCGUCUGAACUUCAUCUGCCAGCACCAGCCGCUGACCUGCGGCAAGCCGGAGCAGCCGCCCAACUCGACCCUCAUCGCGCCCGACUUUAACGUGGGCAGCCGGAUCGCCUACCGCUGCGAGGAGGGCCACCUGCUCUCGGGGCCCGAGGAACGCGAGUGCCUGUCCACCGGCUUCUACAGCGCCUACCCGCCCACCUGUAAAAACCUGCAAUGCGGCAUGCCGGCAAGCAUCAAGCACGGCCGUUACAGCCUGGUGAACGACACGCGGGGCUACAUGUCCAUGGUGGUGUACGAGUGCGACGAGGACUUCGUCAUGGUCGGCCGCAACGAACUCAUCUGCGACGUCGACGAACGCUGGGGUGGCCCUCCCCCGCGCUGCGAACCCGUCUUCUGCAAGGAGCCGCCUGCGAUUCUGAACGGCGGCUUCCGCGUCUCCACCAACUCGACCAUCGUCGGCACCCUCGUGGAGUACUACUGCUUAGAUGACCGGUUCACCCUGACCGGACCUCGCACGCUCCGCUGCAUGCGCGACGGGACCUACAACCAGGAGCCUCCAGUGUGCCGAGAGACAGAACAAUCGACAAGCACCAACCCUGCCCCGACAUUUGACACCCCCCUUGCCGACGACGACCCUCUCGUGAUCGCGGCCUCCGAGCUGAGUGAGGAGAGACAAUACACCGGCUUCUCCGCGCCCAACCGGCCGGCCGACGACCAACCGACCUACGAAGACCCCCUCUACGACGACAUAGCUUACGACGAGUCGUCGCUUUCCACUCCGGAACCGACCGAUCCCACAGUCCCGCCGACGUCGCCCCCGUACACCGUGCUGCCCGGAGACAGGGUGGUCGUGAAAGAUGUGGAGGGGGAGAAGCGCCGCCGGGUCUUUAUCUUCCGGAGGCAGUCGACCACGCUCUCGCCCGAGGAGGAGUUCACUGAGACUCCGACCUCCACCGUGCAGCCCACCGCCCCCACUGAGCCCGCCCCGACUGUGCCGGACGAGGAGGAGGAGGGGGAGGAGCAGGUCACUGGGCCCCGCCCCACCGACGCGGAGUCACCGUCUCCCACCCUGCCCCCGUCUACCGUGGCCGAUACGGGCACGGACGUCUGGUCAGACGCCGGGACCACCGUGCCCUUCGAGAGCGAGUAUAUCACCACUGAGAUGGCUCCGGUCCAGAGGGAGAAGCCUCAGCCCGGCCCGCCGGCGCCCCGUCUAAGUCAACGCCGCCUGCAGCCGGAGACGCCGUGGCCGUGGCCGGCGCAGGCGUCAUCAGCUUCGGCCCGACCGGAGGAGAACGAGAUCCCGGACACGGUGAACAUCCGACAGAACGCGCCCGGUGUGCGGGAGCCGGCCAACACGCUCGACGAACGCUCGACCGGACCCAAGCUGCACAUGGGCGGCAUCAUUGCCUUGAGUGUGUUCGGAGGAUUUGUCUUCCUCGCUGCAGUGGUCACCACCAUCGUGAUCCUGAUCCGGAGGAACCGCGGCUAUCAUCAGCGCCGCUCGCACCCUAACGCUAACUCCAGCAGCUACUCUACUGAGUCAGAGACCCACGGUCUGAACAAGUACUACAAGCGCGCGUGGGAAAACCUCCAGUCUAGCGGACGCCAGGAGCGAAAGUCGGGAAGUGGUGGCAAGUCGCGCGGAGAGCCGACCAUGCGUUCUGAGAUGUACCGCGACGCCAGCGAGCUGACCGUGGCGGACGUGGCGCACAUGUACCGUGGCGAGGACAAGCGACGCCACCACCACCACCACCACCGACACCACCAUAAGGACGAGCACGAUCGCGCGGAAAGGCACAGUCGCAAGCAGUGAGCAGCGCCACCUAUACGGGCUCAGUGACGCCGUUGUGCGGAGAAAACCUGAACCAUGUCUGGCAAAGUCGCAAGAUUCCGCAAGACCCGAUGAGGGCUGGCGGGUGAUUAAGGCGCAGAGGGCCCCACCCCGGGUGCAGAGGGCCGUGUUAACACCCACGUGGAGUCUGUGGUGGACGCGCUCGCGCCGGACAGCGUAGGUGACGCCGGGCAAGCCGAGUUUCGCGGCGCGGCGUGUGGAGGGGCCGCGGAAUUCGGCAAGUCCCGCUUCGUGACGUCAUCGCAGUGCCUGUGUCGGCCGUGCGUCUCGGCGUCGAAUACCGCACUGUGAGGCACUUGGCCCCAUCUGACCGACGAAUGAGGUGGGGCUGAACUUCUCACGAUCUACUGAAUUUCCGCCAAGAAAGCACAUUACAAAUGAAGCUUGUCCACACACAUCUUUAUGGUAGAACUUUGUAUAGCAGGAUGCGAAAAUAUGAUCACUUAUUAUCAGCGCAAAGCAUCCUUCCCUGCGCGCAUUUGUCAGAAAUGUUGGAGUUGACCAGACGUUUGGUCGUUGUUGAUAAUGUCCGAUGCCUUUAAUCAGCUCGUGAGUACGCGAGGCAUCAAGUGGUCAGUGGCGUCGUGUUUCGCUUCGGCAAUUACUGGGACGCUGGAUGUUGUACAUAAAUGUGAUAUUGCCUACUGAUUUGUGUAAGCUGAGUGUUCUGUUAUGUUUGCGCGU